CUGUUAGACUAGACUGGACAACCUGCUCUAAAUGACGUCAGGCUUGUUCCUACGUCACUGCGCUAUUCUGACUUCAAUAUGCAAGUCAGAAAAGGAGUGACGUAGGAGCGAGUCUGACGUGUUAGAGCAGGUUAUCCAGUCUACUGUUAGACUGGUUGAACGCGACCAAAUCAAGGAGGGACAACUCUAUUUACCCGGGAGAUGUGAGCGGACUUGUUUGUUAUUAUAUUUUUAUUUUUUCGUUAUUUCAACAAUUUAAUUUCGAUUUAUGAUGUAUUAAAUGAAAAAGACAAAUUCACGAAAUGUCCACUUUAAAUGAAACGCCACGCUCUGAUCGCAGAGACAAGCGAGUGAUAAAUUUGGCAGCUGAAAUAUCCGAGGCAAGAGACAGAAAAAUUCCAAUUUUGUUGCUGGGGGUAAAAGGUAUCUUGAAUAGUGCUGAAUCUGGAAGUCAAGAUGGUGUGAGAAUACGACAAGAACUGUACAGUUAUAAUGUUUUACAAGUACUUGUGUUGGUCCUGAGACAAGAUUUUUCAGUCAUUGAUGGCGAUUGGACCACUGCAGCAUCUCUUGCUAAAAUACUCAGUGUAGCUUGUACUGGUGUGGAUUUAAAGAAAGAAGAUGCAUCCGGAUUCUAUGAGGGCCUUCUACCUAAAGCCUGUGAAAAUCUGUUUUUAUUGUGCAGACAUAUCCAGGCACACUAUACACAGAUUCCUGAAACAGAUUUUAGUGAAAUUGAAGAAGCUAAAACUAUGGAGAAUUUUCAAACGGUUAUGGAUGCCUUAGCCUAUUUGGUUGCAGCUCAUAGCCAUCUAUGUAAAAAUGUAUACACAUCACCAUGGUUACUACAACUGUUGAUAUCAGAUGAUGUUGAUACCGUAGUCAGUGUGAUGUCAUUCCUUCUUAAAAUAAUCAGAAUUAACGGGUAUUUAUUGAAUAAACUA